UCUAGGGUUAGGGGGAACCGGAGGAAAUGAAGCUGUGGAAAAAAGCUGCCGGGCUUAUCAAAGACCGGAACAGCAUUUGGGCCGCCAGCAUUUCUCGCCGGACCUCCUACCGCAACCCCGACCUAGAAUCCAUCGUUAUCAAGGCCACCAGCCACGACGAGUUGCACGUCGAUUAUAAGCAUUUCCACCGCGUCUACGAAUGGGUACGUACCUCUCCUAUAUACGUAAAGCCCUUAUUAUAUGCCAUCUCCUCCAGAAUGGAGAAGACAAGGUCAUGGGUGGUGGCGCUCAAGGGCUUGAUGCUCAUGCACGGCGUCUUCUGUUGUAAAAUCCCCGCCGUGCAGAGGAUCGGACGACUUCCGUUUGAUCUCUCAAACUUCACCGACGGCCACUCCAACCCGAGCAAGACGUGGGCCUACGACGCCUUCGUGCGGGCGUAUUUUACGUAUUUGGAUCAGAGAUCUUCUUUCCUGCAGGAGACGGCGACGUCUGCCGAGGCGUUUAAGAAACAACAACAGCUGGGGAGAUUACAAGCCGUCGGCCUUGACCUCCAGCCUCAGGAGGAGGAGCCACCGUUGACGGAUGAGAUUGUGAAGCUUCGGAAAUGGCAAGCGCUGAUGGCCAUGUUGUUAGAGAUAAAGCCUCAUCCCGGCACGGCCAGGGUGUAUCUUGUUUUCGAAGCCAUGAUCUGCAUUUUGACGGAGAUCUUCGACGUGUACAGCAGAAUCUGCAAGGCAAUAGCGAAACUUCUGGUAAGGAUAUACGCGGCGCCGGGAAAAGAGGAGGCGCAAAUGGCACUUGCGGUGGUUCAGAUGGCGGUGACACAAGGGCAGGAGCUGGAAAGUUACCUUGAGUUCUGCAGGGAAUUGGGUGCUCUUGGCUCUUCGGAGUGCCCUAAAGUGAAGCAAAUCCCGGAAGAAGAUAUUAAAGACCUAGAGAAAAUAAUACGCGAAGCUAGUGAUGGUGCGGAGAAGGAAAAAGAGGAGCCUAUAGAGAACAGCAAGGCCAUUGUAGAGAUGCAAAAGGGUGAUGAUGAUUUGUUGAUUCUUUUUUAUGAUCAUGAUCGUCAGCGACCGACGAAGAAGAAAAUGUUCAAAACUAUAAUCACAGAUAAGUGGGAGGUGUUUCCUGAUGACGAUAUGAUCAGCUGGGUGAGUACUGGUUACAACGAUGCCAGUGCUGCAGCUCCAGAAUAUAAUAACCCUUUUGCAUCCUCUUCGAGUCUGAUGCCUCAUGUUGCACCAUCACAUAAUCAUAACCCAAUUCUUCCGGAUUUGAUUAGCUUCUAAAUUGAUUGUGGUAUCAAUUUAAUGAAUGAUUGAAGUUCCAUGAUUGAAAUGUCUCCGGCCAGGCGUCUCGAUCGAUCUUCGUUUAUGCA